AUGGAGUCAGUAGAAGACAGGCAUAUUGACACAUUCAUUGCAUUAGCCGAUGGUAUUAUUCACGAAACCACACUUGACAAUGUCAGAGAUUCAAUUGCUCCUGAUUUCCCUCAAGAAAAAUUAAAUGAGUAUGUAAAUAGCUGUACACGUCCCUCCAAGAUCCCUGAAUUUAGAGAUGUCGUUUUGGAUACUUUGAACAAAAGUAAUUUGGAGGCAGUAAAAGAUUUUGUACUUGUCAUGGAAGCUUUGAGCUCCAUGAAGCUUGCAAAGGAGUUCACUGGCUCUAACACAUUGAUUCACGACAUGACUUUGAAAGAACGUGAAAAACUUUUGCUUUCAUGGAGAGAUUCCAAAGUUCCUUUAAUGAGGAAGUUAUUUAGGCUGGUAUAUUCUAUUACUAUGUCUGGGUGUGUUCUUUUGGCUGAUGAUUUACAUUUACAAGCUUGUGGCUAUCCUGGAAAAGAAUUGAGAGAUGAAGCAUAUAAAAACCAAAUUGUUGACGACUUUAGCUAUGAAUUCAUGGAGAGACCAACGACAGAAGGCGCAGAAUUGUAUUUGCCUGAUAUUGAAGCUGUAAUCAUUGGUUCUGGUUGUGGAGCCGGUGCCGUUGCCCACACUUUAGCUGAAAGCGGAUUUAAAUCACUCAUUCUUGAAAAAGGAAAAUAUUUCUCUACUUCUCAGCUUAACUUUUCUGACUUGGAGGGAGUUUCAAACUUGUUUCAAAGCGGUGGUCCGAUAUCUACCAAUGACCAAGAACUUUUCAUUUUGGCUGGAUCUAAUUUUGGAGGUGGGUCAACAGUCAAUUGGUCAGCAAGUAUCAAGACGCCUUUCAAGGUUAGAAAAGAAUGGUAUGAUGAGUUUGGUCUUGAUUUUGUAGCCACUGAUACUUAUGAUAAAUGUCAAGAAUAUGUUUGGAAUAAAAUGGGAACAAGUACUGAAGGGAUUCACCAUUCCUAUGCCAAUAACAUGUUAUUAGAAGGUUGUGAAAAGUUGGGCUAUAAUGCGAAAGUAAUUGACCAAAAUACCGGAGGACACCCUCAACAUAGGUGCGGGUUUUGCCAUCUAGGCUGCAAGUUUGCUAUCAAACAAAGCACUCCGAAUAAUUGGUUUAGAGAACCGGCAGCUACUGGAUCUAAAUUUAUGGAGCAGGUUAAAGUAUUGGAAAUAAUACAUCACAAUGGUUAUGCUCAAGGUGUGGUUUGUCAAGAUACAGUGACUGGUGUUAAAUUCAAAAUCACCGGGCCUAGGGUAUAUAUUACUUCUGGCGGUAGUUUAAAUACCCCGGUUAUCUUGCAAGACUCUGGUUUCAGAAAUAAAAACAUUGGAAGCAAUUUAAAAUUGCAUCCUGCUACAGCCAUAUUUGGGGAUUUUGGUAAUGAGGUCAGAACCAAAGCUUAUGCCGAUUCAAUCAUGACUUCGGUAUGUACCGAAGUGGAUGAUUUGGAUGGAAAUGCCCAUGGUGCAAAAAUUGAAACCAUUUUGAAUGCUCCACUUUUUCAAAAUGCCCAUUUACCUUGGUUUGGAAGUGAUGCUGCUAGAAGACACAUGUUGCGUUAUAAUAAUAUGACGGCUAUGUUGCUUCUAGCUAGAGAUACUUCCAGUGGUUCAAUCAGAAGUGAUCCAGAAAGACCAGAUUCAUACUAUAUUGACUACCAAGUGAAUAAAUUCGAUAGACAAUCUCUUAUGAAGGCACUUGUAACUACGGCAGAUAUAUUAUAUAUUCAAGGAGCAAAGAAAAUUAUAAGCCCUCAACCAUCGGUUCCUGUUUUUGAAAGUGAUAAACAGAAAGAAGAGAGGUCAAUUAAAGAUGAAGAUUAUGUUGCGUGGAGAAAUUCUGUGUCAACGAUGUCAUUUUAUCCCUAUAGUACUUCCUUUGGUUCUGCUCACCAAAUGGCUAGUUGUCGCAUGUCAGGAAAAGGACCAGAGUACGGUGCGUGCGAUGAAAAGGGUAGAUUAUUUGAGUGUGGUAAUGUUUUUGUAGCUGAUGCUAGUGUUAUGCCUACUUCCAGUGGAGUAAACCCAAUGAUUACUACCUAUACAUUGGCCAGAUACAUUGGAUUAAACAUCGCUAAGGAGUUGAAGAUACAAGCUAAAAUUUAAGGAGAGAAGUUAAUCUUUUAUACCUUUAUUAUCAUUUUUUUAUAUAUAUAUUUAAGUUGUAUU